AUGUCGUCAGGCUCCCGCGGAGGUCCUCCUUUGGGCAGAUAUGGGAGUGACAACGACUAUGGGAAACGAAGGAAAAACUUUUAUGCAUCCUCCACUCGAAGGGAUUUUAAAAGUUCAGCUGCACCUUCGACCACAAACAACCAAAGUGCAAGCUCAAAUUCCUACUCUUCGUCACAUUCAAAAUCGUUACUGCGAGGAGACAAGUCACAGUCAUAUGAUGCAUCGACUCGGCCACGAUAUAGAGAUGUGUCUGGAAAUUCCCCUAACCUGGCGUCUUCUAGGGCAAAUAGCUACAGCAAAGAGUCUAGGUAUGGAAACAAUGGAAGCUAUCCCAAGCAUUACUCUUCCUUCCAACAAGGGCACUACAUUGAUAGAAGUGCCUCUUAUGGUUCCUUUAGCAGCAAGAGAGAAACCGAUAACUAUAUUGGGUACAGUGGCCCCUCCCGCGAAUCAACAUCGCGUGACAUUGUAAACAGUUCCUCCCAAAGAUCGGAUGGACUUUUUGUUCGAGAUUCUUGGCGUGGAGAACGACCCAAGUUAAGUUCAAGUGGCUCCUCCAAGUCCUUUAGUUCCCCAUCACGUUUCAAUCCCAACAGCAUUCCGGUUAAUGCUAGAAGUACUCUGAAUGGUCUCAUGGAUACAGCCACCAAAGAAGACACAAAAGAUCGAUAUGACACAUACGAUGAGAGUUAUUCCAGCCGUUGGAAACUGUCAUACCCAUCAUCAAGACCCGAAAAGCAAAAUUAUUCCCCUGCUUUCAGCUCCGGAAGCAAUCGAUUCAUGUCAAAAGACCGUGGUCGUAGUUCUGCUUUGACGAACAGCAUUGGAACUUCUUCCAGGAAUGACUCAUUUUACCUGAAGCAUUACAAUGGGGGUCGAUAUGUGGACAGAUAUUCUAGAAGUCCAUCUGAAGGCAUAGACAAAUCAACAGAUAAUGAGCUGCGCAGACCGCGUGAAUCAAUUAAUGCUGAUUCUGAUCGAUCAAUGGAUCAUUCUAGAGACGACGAAACAUAUGGUGAUGAUUUUAAUCCAAUUGAUUACGAAGAAAGCAAUCAUGAUGAGAAUCAAGAUGAAGAAGAAGAAGAUGACCAACUUGCAACUAAUGACAAUCUGGAUGUAGAAACAGAACCAUCAAAGUCCACAAAUGGUGAUAUUAAAGACAAAGCCACUCUGAAUGUCACUGAAAAAGAGGAGUUUUCAUACCAUACACCUACCACUGUGAGGGUGGAAGUUCUGGUGCCUGUUGACUUGAGUAACUACGUCGACUAUCCUGAAGGAUGCAUUUAUCCAUUAACUCAGCUCGAAGCUCAAUACGCUGAAUUAAAAGAGGAGUACCAUAAUAUCAAGCAAAGAGAAGAAUCUGAAAAAUCACAAGUUUCACUGACUCCCCAAAAAAUAUUCAAAGACAUUACUGAAUAUUCUUCUUAUCGUGAUAAUCUCUGGGAGUUCUCAAACACAAUGAAGGAACGCAUUAAUGAUAUUCAAAUAGAGAACCUAAAGACCAAGAAGAAACGUUUGUCGUUAUGGUUACAGUAUGAGAAAAUGAGGACAGAUAAUGAAAGAAAGAGAAAAGAUCUCGACGAGCAAUUGAAAGUCAUACACCCACCAGAUGAUGAGUCCAAACGCGAACUUGCAGCAAUUGAUAUUCGAGUCAAACAGCAAGAGCCGGUAUCCCAAUUACCGUCUGUCGACACACCUCCUCAUACAAGUAGGAGGGGUCGAAGACAUGGAGACUUAGUCACCACUGAAGCCGAGUUUCAAGAAAUUUUGAAGAGCUUAGAGAAGGAGCAGGACGAGUCUCCAAUGGCCAAAGCAAAGCGUGUAUCGGCGAAAAUCCCCGACCUUAUUUUGGAUCCUAUUGAGGCUUCAAAUACAAAAUUCAUGGAUUCAAACAAUAUCGUACAUGACAAAGAGGCGUGGGCUUUGAGAAUUAAGUACGACUUUGUGGAUAAUUUUUCAGAGAAGGAGCAUGAAUUAUUUUGUGAAGCUUUUUGCAGAUCACCCAAACGAUUUGGAGAAAUUGCAAGAUAUAUGGGCGGGUUCCGUUCAGCAGAAGAAUGUGUUGUUCAUUACUACAUGACGAAAAAGUCAGUCAACUACAAGUUUUUGGUUUCUCAAUUCAAAAAGAAAGCAUCGCGCAAAACAUCACGAAGAAAAUCAUCGAAGGCGAAAGCCCUGGUCACGCCACUGAGCGAAAUGGAGGGAAAUAUGCACGAUCCUAAGUCUAUGACCGCACAUGAAGAACCAGAAGGGAGCUUGAAAGAAAUUGAGAACACAGAACAAAAGAAAAGACAAGCUUCUCCUGUGGUCCAUGAUGAAGCUAUUUCUUCGGAUGUAGUAGAAGAACACGCCAGAAAGAAAAGCCGCAAGGGAAAAGUGAGUGAAACGGGACCACCUGAAUUAGCAAGACCUGUUGUCGAUAACUACCCUAAAGUUGUGCAAAUCAGUCAACCUGAGGUAAUUUCUCAUGAUCAUUCGAAGGAACAAACCAAUAAGGAUACUCACCUAAGCGGAGUAGGUGAUCCGAAUGCCUACACGCAAACUCCAACUAGACAUGAAGUCUUGACGUUUUCAUCUGAUUCUACAGAUAACGAUAGCAGGAAGCACAAUUCCAGUUAUUGGAGCAUCACCGAAGUCAACGAGUUUCCUCAUUUGCUCAACACGUAUGGCUCUAAGUGGACAAGUAUUGCUGAAAAACUUGCAACAAAAACGGCUACCAUGGUUCGGAAUUACUAUCAGCGCAAUGCAGAGAGAGAAUGGUUGGAAUGA